AAAUAUAAAAACAAACAAACAAACAUAGGGUGGCUGAGAGUCUAAGACCACAUUUUCUUCUUCUUUUGUUAAAAGUGGGAAUUGCCUAAGCCAGCGGACCACCUCAAUUUCUUCACUUCUCUCCGACACACACAGAGGUCCACGUGGGAUUCAACCUCCUCAACUUUUGUCGUUGUCAGCGUCCUCGACGCGCCAAAAUCAAAAAGGGAAAAACUAUUCUCACGGCAAGCAACCACAUCCAUCCGUCACAGAAACCAUCUCAGCCUUCCAUCCCAUUCAAUCUCCACGUGUAUUAAGUAUUAGGGUAUUAAGUAUUGGCAUUGCAUCUCUACUGGGGGUUGAAUUAAACUCCCAUUUUCUAAAACACAAUUUGAAGAGCACAGUUGUAAGAUGAAUGAGCUGCAGAACAAGACCUGGAAGGUGCUUCUCAAGGAAACAAAGAAAGAAAACCUGCGGCAUGGAGAUCACAUCUACACAUGGACACGAGCCAAUACAAAAGACCACGGAAUAUAUCUGGAUGAAAAAAACGUGAUCCACUUCACUCAAGGUCGACGAGAAAGGUCAGAUGAUCGCUGUGGUACAUCUCCAAAUUGCAGCGGCCAUGAUCAAUCAAGUCCUGGUGUGGUCUCUUCCUGCAUAGAUUGUUUCCUUUCUGGUGGAGAUAAUCCGUAUCUGUUUGAAUAUGGUGUUAAACCAGAUCUCAUCCUCACCAAACUCGCAGGAGGUGCAACUCUUGCGCCUGCUGAUCCAGCUAAAGAUGUGAAGAACCGUGCAUCUAGUUUCCUACAAAUUAGUAGCAAUGACUCCAGCAGCCACUACCGUUUCAUAAACAAUGGUAAAGACUUUGCAAUGUAGCAAUGACUCCAGCAGCCACUACCGUUUCAUAAACAAUGGUAAAGACUUUGCAAUGUAUUGCAAAACGGGCUUGCUAGUGAUAGAUAACAUAAAUUUCAGCAGAAGUUGGCAAGCUGCAGCAUUUUUCUUGGCUGUUACUGUCACAUUCUUUCUUUUUCUGCAGCAAAUCACAGAUGCAACUUUUACUGGUGUGAUAGCUACAUGUUUUGGCUUAUACUGUAUUUAUAGAUUUGGUUCUGAUAUCGGAGCCCGUCCUAAUGUUAUUAAAGUGGAUCAAGUAGAGACAUUGCCUCGUGUUGCAAAGGAAUUGUCUUCUGCUGCGUCGGGUUUCAGACCUAUUCAAUCCUUAAUUGACCUGUUCAUAGUAUUGCUGAUGACUCUUUUCAAUAUUCCGUUACUAUUAACAGUACGAACGUGGUCGGAGCCGCGUCAACUGCUGUCUGAGACUCCUCGAGUGGUCUGGAUUCUAGCAUGUAUCGUACUUUUCUACCUAGCAAUAUUACAAAAAAGGUUGCUUUCGAACAAGAUACAUAAAAAGCAGCUGAAGCCUGGAGAUCACAUCUACGCAUGGAGGGGCUUCUCCCGCAGAGCCCAUGCCCAUCAUGGCAUAUAUGUCGGUGACAUUCACGGAAGCAGACAGAAAGAAGUGAUCCACCUUGUUCGUGCAGGAGACCCUAUUUUACCCAGCUCCUCCGCCACCAGUAAUCAAGCAGAGAGAACUCAAGGAGACCCUAUUUUACCCAGGUCCUCAGUCCCCGGUAAUCAAGCAGAGAGAACUCAUGUGAAUUAUUGCAGCUUAGAAGAUUUUCUUAAUGGUGAUGAACUCUAUCUCUAUAAAUAUGGCGUUAGUCUUGCUUUCUUUAUAGCCAAAACUCGAGGAGGGACCUGUACCCUUGGCUCUGCUGAUCCUCCUAGAUCCGUCUUGUACCGUGGCUGCCAAAGGCUUCAAGGCUACGAUGCAUACAACCUUAUCAACAACAACUGUGAAGACCUUGCAAUACAUUGCAAAACAGGGUUGCCUUUGAGAACAGGAGCGGGCAGAUAGUAUUUUUCUCUGGUGUGGUUUGUGCUGGCAUAAUUUGCUUACUUACAUUCAAGAUUCGCAAUCCUAUUCAUGUGGCUGCUACAUUUUAUUUCAUCAACACUAUGUUUAGAUUUGUUGCUGAUGCUACACGUUGUCCGAAAGCUUAUCAAGUUGGACUUAAGAUAAUGCCACCUUGGAGACGUAAUGGUCGAUGUUUUUGGCUAGAGCCUCAAUUCAAGUCUCUUGAAGGCAAGAAGUUACUAUUCUGAAAGAGAAUCAAAGCAACUAAAAUCGUGGAUUAAUUUAUGAUUUAUGUGGGAUUUAUAUGGGGUUAUUCGUUGAGUUUUAAUUUUUAAUGAUUGAUACUUUUUGUUUUGGAUGUUAAGCAUAUAAACUUAAAAUUUUUGUUGUGAUUUAGUAUGCAAGUAUUUAUUCUGAACUAGCUAUGCCUUUUCUUAGGCUCACCUUAAACUACUAUUAUUUUU